CACCACAACUUAAAAGAAGGGGGAGAGCAGUUGGGUCUCUGCUCUCAUUCGCCACAACCAGUCCAACAGUUCAGGACGCCCACUAUUUGUGCUUUAGAGAGACUACUUUGAAGCCAGUCCACUUUGUGGGAGGGAAUGUAAAGUGUGCAACUCAAAAGAAGGGGAAGAACUCGAUUUCCACAGAGGCUACAGCUAUUUAAGGAAUCAGUCAUGGCUGCAGAAGCACAGCACACUUGUUAUGAGGGUGACAAUGUCCACAUUUUCCAGUUCUAUCUGGAACACUCAGGAGAGCACAAGGCCAUUGUGCAGUGUGUUAACAAUCUCCUAGCAAGAGAAUUUAAAAGGAUUGGAGAGGGUAAAAGCAGCCUGAGCGUUCUUGGUGUUGGAAGUGGUGGAGGUGAGGUGGAUGCUCAGAUCCUCACACUGCUGCAGUCUGUAUUCCCUGCUGUUCCUAUUACUGCUGACAUUGUGGAGGGCAGCUCUGAACUCUCAGACAACUUCAAAGCUUUGGUAGCAAAGACUGCCAGUCUUCAGAAGAUCCCAUUUGGCUGGAACAUCAUGAGCAGCGAGGACUAUGUAAAGCAAGUGAAAACGAAGGGCGAGAUGAAGAAAUUUGAUUUCAUACACAUGAUUCAGAUGAUCUAUUAUGUGGAAAACCUUUGUGAAACUAUCAGCUUUUACCACAGCCUUCUAAAAGCUAACGGCAGACUUAUGAUCAUCGUCGAAGCAGCCAACAGUGGAUGGGACACCUUGUGGAAGACUUACAGCAAGGAGCUGUGUGUAGGUGUCAUUAAAGAGUACCGUUCAUCAGCAGAGGUCAUUGCCUGUCUGAAGAGCCUGGGUCUGAAAUACGAUGAGCAUUCAGCUCCCAACGCCUUCGACAUUACCGAGUGCUUCAAUCCAGGCAGCUGCCAUGGAGAACGCCUGCUGAGUUUCAUGACAGGAAGCGACAAAUUCCACGAGUCCUUCACCCCAGAGAUCAGAGCGGGCAUGUUAGAUCUUCUAAGGAGAAAGUGCAGCGCAGAGAAGGAUGGCAAAGUGUUGUUCAACAGCGAUCUGAGCUGCAUUCUUGUUCAUGCUUAAAUAUAUGCUGUGGAGAAGUGUCCAUCUAUUCCGCUGGAUCUUUAUUCUCUGUAUUAGUGAAGAGAUACAGGACUUGGAGUAAAAACUGAUCAUGAAACAGAGCAAUCCUGCCAGAAGUUAAUACCAGUAGCAGGGAUAUUUGUACUUAAUCCCUGUCAAGAGAAAAAGAAAAUAAGACCUUACAUUUCCCCGCAGAUCUGCUAUGGCUUUAUUAUUCCUCAUUGCAUUAAUCAACUUGUAUCUCGUCUUUUGCUUUUAUUAAAUGCCGUUUCUGGCUCACAUCCAUUCAUCGGACCUUAAAUAUCCUCCAUCUCUUGGGUCUGAGCUUGAUUGUGCAUAGGAAAUGAAGUUGGAAACUUUGGAGCUCUAUUUAAAGCGUGAGUCCCUGAUGCGACCCCUCCCUGCCUUAAUAACUUAUGAACAGGAUCCUCUGGUCCUUAUUUGGCCUCAUAGUGUUUCUGACAAAAUCAGUUAUAAAGAAAUGUGAAACUGUUGUUUCUUUGUAUCCAUAAACAGGUGUUUAUAGCCCCGGUAAGAACCUGAACACAAUAAAGAUGGUCGCUGAUUUUGAUAUAUUGUAGUGCAGGUGUGCUGGGGUAUAUUUGUCAUCUGAUGUUUGUUUCUUUAAGAGAGGAAAUGAUUAAAUUCUAUAGAAAAAUGUGAUUAGAUUUUUUCUGAAUUACACAUAAGCAGAGAACCAACUGGAAAAUAUAUGCACAAGUUCAGUGUUGUUACAAAAACAUGAAGAGAUUUAGAUUUAGAAACAUUUCUGACUUUGGUAUAUUAAACAUUCAAACACUUAGCAUUAGGGAACAGAGAAAAUCAUUAACGGAUGUCACUUUACUUAAGUGCUUUUGCUGCAAUAGUACUUUGAUAUUUUUGUGCCAAAUUUGUAUCUAUUUUUUAUUUUUUUCACUCAGUCCUUACAAGAUUCGAUCCUACUUGCAAAUCAAUAGAGGUAUUGAUGGGUGUCAGAUAAAAACCAUUACGGCAACCAGCUCUAAUUCUUCAGCUGAAUUGAUUUCAUUUUAAAUCAUCCAUGUACAUCCAGUGGAGCACACCACCACUGUGAGUGUGUUUUACCUUGACUUCAUGCGAGAGAGACGUUAUUCAUCACCAAGAGAAUGUCCCUUCUUCACACCCCAAUAAAAAGCAGAGGAAUGAAGCUUCUGUGGGUGCUGUCAACCCAACACUGCUUUAUAAAGGAUGACACAAUUAUAUUUUACCAGCUCACCAAAAAUGCUGACAAGCCCUGGUUCAAUAAAACACAAUUCUGCACCUAGAGAAGCAUGCUGGUUUCUGUGCUAUGGAGUCAUAGCUCAUGAACUACAGAAUGUCAUAACACUGAAAUGCUCAUCGAAGACAUCAAACACAUUUAUUACAAUUAAACCAGAGGAAGUGGGCAUGGCAAUUUUAGGAACCCAAAGUAAUAUAGUGUGUACAGAUCUAGUUUAAGGGUUUCAGUGUUGCAAUGCUCCGGUCUCUUUGCAUGACGGUCUCUUUUGCUGGGAAAAAGCUGCUCUGCUCAUAGACAAACUUGAACCCCACAUUUUCUUUCUCAGAAAUAAACAGAUGACAUUUGCCUGUGAGCAAACAGAAGUUAAUGCUGCAUUACCGUCUAUCAGUCAACUUGGAAAACACUUGUCUAAAGUAUGAUGGAGGAUGUGUCGACAACAUUAAAAGACGACUGCUUCCUAAACCUGAAAUCUUGCAAAUUCAAAGACAGCCGGCACGAUGCUCCAGACAGCCGACCGUCAACGCCCUGCUGUUUGACGCUUACUAGCGGCAGGAUAUUGCUGCUUCUUAGCGGACUGCGUGUUUUUUCCUUGGAGAGAGACACAUCUGGCUCUGGAUAAUCUCUCCUUAGUCUUCUCUGUGUAAUGCAUGCAAAGCUGUGCUCCAUGUAAUUCCCCAACUGCUCUUUUUUUCUCUUCCUUGACAAGUGUAAAAAGGCCAGUAGUAUAAAGUAUAUCGCAUACAGUGUUAGUAACCUGGUCUUACUUUUAGCCAUGUUGC